UUCCCGGAUGUUCGAAUUUGUGACGCUGGAUUCGCUAGAAUUAUACACGUGAUAAAUCGACUCGCUGCUCCAACCGAAAUCCUUUUCUCGUAGGAAGGCUCAGCAACCGGCAGAAGUCAUUCACCACCUCAAACUUCGAACCAAUUUUAUCUAUCAAAAUGGGUGAUGGAGGCAAACAGAUCACAAAACUCAGCUUUGCUGAAAACUUUGGACUCAGCGGUGCUGCUGCUAUUAUCUCAAAAACUGCUGCUGCACCAAUUGAGAGGGUGAAGCUUCUUGUCCAAAAUCAAGAUGAAAUGCUUAGGGCUGGUCGUUUGGCUGAGCCAUACAAGGGUGUCAUUGACUGUACUACAAGAACUUUUAGAUCAGAAGGCCUUGUAUCAUUCUGGCGAGGUAACCUUGCAAACUGCAUCAGGUACUUCCCCACUCAGGCAUUAAAUUUCGCAUUCAAAGAUAAAGUAAAGGCUGCAUUCAAGGCCUCUAAAUCUGACUCAUAUGGUGUCAAAUUCGGAAAGAAUAUCGCCUCUGGUGGAGCUGCUGGUGCAUUGUCACUUUGCUUUGUCUAUUCUUUGGAUUACGCUCGUACUAGGUUAGCUAAUGAUGCUAAGGCAGGAAAGAAGGGCGGUGAGCGUCAAUUCAAUGGAAUUAUCGAUGUUUACUCCAAAACAUUGAAAUCGGAUGGUUUCGUCGGAUUGUAUCGUGGUUUUGUUAUUUCAUGUGUUGGUAUCAUUGUAUAUCGUGGUUGUUACUUUGGCUUCUAUGAUACACUGAAGCCCAUUGUUCUUGGUGACGAUGCUGGUGUUGUCCUUUCAUUUGUCCUUGGUUAUGGUGUUACAAUUAGUGCAGGACUUGUGUCAUAUCCUAUUGAUACAAUUAGAAGAAGAAUGAUGAUGACCUCAGGAGAAGCUGUCAAAUACAAGGGAUCAAUUGACUGUGCCGUUCAGAUCCUGAAGAAGGAAGGCGCAAUGUCAUUAAUGAAGGGAGCUGGUGCAAACAUCCUAAGAGGUGUUGCUGGUGCCGGUGUACUGGCUGGAUUUGACAAGUUCAAGGAGAUCUAUGCAACUUUCCGUGCUGGAAAUGCCUAAAUUUUGGACAAUGGGUUAAAUGGGACUGUCAAAUAUGCGUGUCAACAAGAAUUUGCAUUGACUAUGAAAUUUGUAUUUAAGUGGAGUUAGUUACAAAAUGGUUUUGUCUUAAUUGUUACUGUAAUUUAUCUCAGUGGAAAGGCUAAAAAUUGGAAGAGACAUGACAUCUGAGUGACACAUGAUAAAAUAUCAUUAAAUUUUUAUGUCUAA